UGCGCGAUUUCCGUUGGACGAGUGUUGGUGCAAACGUCUGGUACUUUUGCUAGUAAGGACAAGUUGGCCCUCAUUAUUCUGAGAUUUCAUUGUCAGAUUUGUUGACGUAGUGGUACUGCUGUACCGUACUACACCACAGUACACCGUACGAUACCAAGUUCAGUUUCCCAUCUCUCAAUWGCAAUAGCAGGCAGCGGCAAGGAAUCUGUUGCCGCAAGAAGAGGAAGACGAAGAAGAGAACCUUAAUCCAACAACGGCUACGAGUGCGUAAGAAGUACUACCCACUGUGACCAGCAMCUUUAUGCCCCCCCGCGAGCCUACGGCACCCCAUGGCAUCCAACCAGUGUGACUGACCGAUUCCCCGGAGCGAAUUCAAACAAAAUGGAGGAGUCCCCCCUCGACAAGCCGGCCGUCGAACCCUCGAUGUCUGGAUCGACUGCGUCUGCCUCGGAAUCCGUGCUGUCCUCGAGUCCCUCGAGCAGCGGCAACUACUACCAGCGUAGGUUCGACGGCAGCAAACGGCGGACCGAAUUGCUAGAGAAGCUCGCCCGAACGAACAGUCCCACCAAGAAAACUACGACGGCGCAGCACGCCUUUGCCGAGAUGAGCAACGACAACAACGGAACCGAAUCCGACAACCCCCGAGCAGAAACCGGUUGUUUCCAAAACAAGCCCCUGUCCCCCCCGAAACUGAAGACAGGCCAGGCCUUUGCGCAUGAAGCCAAAGAGACGACAACUGCCGAUGCGUCGUUUUCYACCCCGGAUCGAUCCGGAUCGAUACAGCGGAAACCACUCCAYUUGCAAGCGGAGGAAAACGAGGAAGAGCAGCCGGUGCGUUAUUAUCGCAUCGUCUAUAGGGGCGUGGUCGCUCUUUUGUCCGACGAACCGAAUGGCGGUGAAACGAAUCACAACAAUCAUUGUCCCAACAGAAAGACCGGUGCUUAUCUUGGGUACGGGGAAAUCAUAGCAAGCGGCAGCGAAAAACUCGUCGAAGAUACCACGGCACGACCGCAGAGAAGGUUAAACACUUCUCCUCGAUUGGGAUCCGCUGUCGACUCGCCAAUCUUGACGAGGAUAUGGGACAGCAAAGAGCACGAGGACAAACAGCAACAUAAUCAACAACAACAGCUGCAAUAUCAUUCACCCCCGCGAUCAUUGGUAUCUGGAGCUUGUUCUACAGUUUCCUCUUUUACCAAUCACACAGCAAAUUCUACAUCUGCAUCAAAUUCUAUUCCAACGAGAAAAAAAAUACGGGUGGAUCGGGUGUUGACGGGMGGAUAUGCCUUUGACGCGAACGAGCAAGAAAAUUCCUCUACCGAGUCAAUAGAUUCCCAUUCUUCUCUGUCGAAGAAGGUCGUYGCCAGUGAUAUGACACCCAAGCGUGGCAAUACACAAYYUUCCACCGGGACCAUUUUUCCCACACUGAAUCYAUCUCUGCUUCCUAUAUCGGAUAYCGGACCGACAUCGCCGUCACGCGACAAGGAAUGCGGCAACGACGACAAACACAGGACUUCAAAAUCAAACCACGGAUACAUUUUCUCCGAMCAGAGCAGCGUCCCAAUCGCAUUAGCCAUACCGUUGGACACUGUGCCACGGUGYGAGAGUGGUAGAUUUUUGUACCGAGUGAUAUCUUCGACCCCACUGACGAUUUUGACGGGACCGUCGCUUGACGCACCGAAGACGAAAGCGAUUUUGAUCCCGGGGACAAUCCACGAAGUAUGCCUCCGAGUCAUCGCAUCCCAGGAGGGCCACCAAYCACAGGGGGGCGAUUCUACGAGUUUGACGUUUUUGAGACUGACAMGGCGACGAGGWUGGGUUGURGACGGGAAGAGGAUACCUCGAAAACGUGGCACCGGCGAUGGCAACGACGCGAAUUCCUCCUGGGUUUCGUUCAUGAAAGAAAUAUCCAAUGAAGAAGCGGACGAAUGCGGUGUAUCAGUUGCGUCUCGCACCACUUCCAGGAGUGCCACGUCCAUGUUGGCAACGCCGAUUUCAGCUGCCAGUAGGCGGCACAGRCCYCCCAGGCGAAAAGGUGGCGGCAGGAGGGAAGGCAACGAUUCAACUUCCUUGCCUCGUCAUGUGUUGGGUCCGUCGUUGCAAAACGGUAAUGAUACAUCGGGAAUUACCGACAAGUCCACCAAUACCAGCACAAACAAUUCGCAAGCAAACCUAGAUCCUCGAUCAAUAGUUUCGCCAUCGUCGAACAUUUCACUCUUGUCGGACGAUACGUGUUCUAUUGACCCCGUGAACAGAUCCCAUGGAGGAGCUCUGAGCCCGGAUCGCUCUAUCGCUCGCAGCACGGGAUCUGUUUCUACGAAUCCUUCUUUUUUUCUGAUGAGAGUGAACGCACCUCGAGGCCUCAAAAUCUUGGAUGCCCCCCACUUUCAAGUCAACAACCUKAUUCACGGAAUCCACACAACAUCUUCGGGGAAGUCCCACGAUCCAUUUUCGACUUCUAUGGCAUCCACGAAAGACUCUUACGGAAAAAGUGCUAGUAGCAGCAACCAGUCCAUUUUUCAAACCAUGGCUGGACAUCAUACCACGACAAUGACAAGCAAAACCAGCAAUCCAGCCGUCUUCGAUUCUAUUACAAAAGCACGGAGACUUCCCCGAGGCUCUGUUUUCGAAGCAACGAAACGGUUGGAGGCGUCGAAUGCCUUCAACCAGGGCGCCGGGCUAAUCAAAUUGUCCGACARUAGCGGCUGGGCAAUCGUUCCUCGGCAAAGCGAACUGAACGAGCAAUACAGAAGUUACUCYGGUGCACUUGUCYACACUCGGGAGGGAGAGGGAUCCCGUGCCUUUGAAGAAGUCGGGAAUUCAAUGGGCAACAGAAGCCAGGACACAAUAUUUCUUCGGGUGUUAUCAAGGGGUGGCGUUACUGUCUCUUUGCCUCCUCUUCCGAAUAGCGGUUCCGAUAUUGACACAUCCCCCACGUCGUCUGCCACCGGAUCCUCGAUUGUCAGCGCGGCUGGACACCCAGCUCUCAACGUGGGUGUGAGCUCGGACUCCGACGUGGCGUCUUCUGUUGGUAGCUCCUUUCUAGAUUCGAUGUUUCGAACACCACGAAAAAAAGAGAGGCAACCUGAAUCGAUCAACGAAAACAAGACGGAACACCAACAUCUUCACCACCGACCACAAAUUGGUGAGCGUCAAGUAAUCUCUACCGUCAUCCCGUGCGGUACAUGUGUGGAAGUGGAUCGGUGGGUAGAUCCCACCGACAUGGAACAAUACGUCUUCAARAACGAAUACGCCCGUAUUCGGGGGGGUCAAGGAUGGAUACCUCGCUUCGUCAAUGGAAAACCGGUGGUCGAAACGAUAUCAUCCCCUGAAUUUCGAUUCGGAUCKAUUUGGUUCCGAGUCUGUGACCAACAAGGUAUAAAGGUUCGUUUGGGACCAUCAAAGAGAGCCUCGUCAAUCAAGUCCGAUGAUGGCGUGUACUUUCGAUUCGAAUGUGGCGAGUUUCUUCGGGCAUCCGAGGUCGUAACGUUCUUCAAACACAACGCAGAGCACGAAUGCUUCGCCAAAUUGUACAGAAAYCGUCAUGUUCGGCUUCACAGCGGUGAAUUACGACCCCUAUCCAGUCUUACUGCGCAAGCGGAAUGGGUUCAAGUAUUCGGUGAGACGGGUCGAUUCUUGGAAGAGUGCAAAACAGAACCCCGCAUCGAGCGACAUCGACAAGGUUGGAGAUACAAUGUUGUGCUGGAUGCAAGAGUUGCGGUUCGAAAAGGGCCGUCAUUCGAAGCCGAAACGGAGAACUCGGUUCUUCUCGGAGGCGAAAGUGUACUAGUAAAUGAAAGAGUGACGGGCCCCAACGAUCCGAUAACCUGGCUAAGACUCAAAGACGGUCACGGCUGGGUGCACAAUGUUGGGCAGAACGGAGAAUCACUGAUGAUUGCCCAUUCACUCCGACACCGGAAACCAACUGUCGGCCGGCCCGUCAAACCGGGUCGUACGGAGCAAGAAGACAUUGCCUACAAUACCAUCAUUGCGAGACUCUUUCACAAUGACAUCCCCGGAGAAAGUCCACCUCGUAAUGCGAARCGCAGAUGAAAACAUUUUUUCAACUCGCUGGUUGAAAUGCAAUACAAUUUAAAAUAAUAG